AAGUUCACAGUCAUGGAGAUUCAAUGUGGAGACGACACGCGACACCAUGCGGUCGAUCAGCCUGCGCUUGCACAUCCUAGCUGUUAUCGCACUUACAGCCAUCCUGUUUGUUUGUACUUCAGGACACCAUAUAUCAUUUGACGGACCAAGCUUAACAAGUGAUGAUGAAUUUGAAUUGACAAGGGCAAGACGCCAGAUUGAGUCAUUUGAUGCUGAAGACUACCCAACAACAGCAAAUGAAGAACAACAAGAUGAAGCUGGUUUCUGGGAUCGAGUUGUACGAGUAGCACUCAAACUUUUCAGCCGAUUUAUAGAAUGGUUAAAUUCAUAAAUUUUGUGGGACAUGUUAUUUUUCCUCCAAGCCACUUACAUAGUAUUAUCUGUGUGUAAAUAGAAAUCUUAACUGUGUACCAUAAAUAAAAUGAGGUGUAAUAAAACUAAAUAAAAAAUAUAAAAUAUUCUGAAAAUGUAUUUGUUGCAGAAACAUGGCCAUAUUAAAAUUAAAAUAAAGGUAGGUUAUAUAAUCAAAAUGGAAAAAUAUUAUUGUUUCUGGUAGUAGACAAGUAAUCUUCUGAAAUAUUCAAUGGGUUAUAAUUUUUUUGGCAAGCCAAAUGUAGCAAUGUCGAAAGUUCAUUGCUUGCUGCUAUACGAGGAAAAUUCUUUACUUCUUGGUCUGUUAUGGUCAUAUUUUCUAUAAUGUGCCUUAGAAUUGGAUUGCGAAUGAAUGCUUUACUUAACAAUGCUGUUUCAAGAACACAUUUAUUUAUAAGAAGUAACUGGUAUUUAUCUGCUGGAAGUGGUUUUCCUUCCACAGCAUUAGCAAGUAGUAAGUAAGCUUUCCGAUAGUCCACACCAUCAGUACAUGCUGCAGGAGGAAUGUCACUACAGUCUGCAAUGAUUCGCAAUGCUACAGCUAUUUCAGUCUGGAGCUCUUCGAACGUAAAAG